AUGCUCCUGAUUUCUCUCGUGACACGACCAAUCAGAAGCACUAUCCAGAUCUGGGUAGUGACGCGUAAUCAGUAUGGAAUUUCUGCAAACGGUGCGCAGACGUCAUUUGGCGGGAAAACCGGUGGUCGCGUCGUGAAAUGUCGGCUGUUUCUCAGACUAUCAGUACACACUUCACUCGAAUUUCUUCUCCCGUAGAAAUCUGAAGAACGAAUUGUUUAAAUUGUCUGUGGGGACGAAGAUUUGCGUUUUUGCCUCAACUCUCUGUCAGUUUCAACGGCAAAGAUGCCGUGAGAGCAUUAGUCCCAAGAAU